AUGGCCGCGAAGUCGGACGGCGGCGGCGGCCCGGCCGUGCGGCUGGAGAGCCCGGAGGACGGCGGCGGGAGGCGGGCGGGCGGCGCGGCCCCCCCGGCGCGGCGGUACCGGCUGCGGGACGGCUGUUGGGUGCUCUGCGCCCUCCUGGUCUGCUUCGCGGACGGCGCCUCGGACCUGUGGCUGGCGGCCCACUACUACGUGCGGGGGCAGCGGUGGUGGUUCGGGCUGACGCUGCUCUUCGUGCUGCUGCCCUCGCUGGUGGUGCAGCUGCUCAGCUUCAGGUGGUUCGUCUACGACUUCGCCGCCAGCACCAAGGACAGCGCCGGCAGCACCAAGGACAGCGCCCGCGGCCCCCGCGGCUGCUGCCGCCUCUGCGUCUGGCUGCUGCAGGGCCUCAUCCACCUGCUGCAGCUGGGGCAGGUCUGGAGGUACCUCCGCACGCUGUACCUGGGGCUGCAGAGUCGCUGGCAGGCCGAGCAUCGCCGCCGCCACUUCUACUGGCGGAUGAUGUUCGAGAGCGCGGACAUCAGCAUGCUGCGGCUGCUGGAGACCUUCCUGAAGAGCGCACCCCAGCUCGUGCUGCAGCUCAGCAUCAUGGUGCAGCAGAACAGCAUCGAGCCGCUGCAGGGGCUCUCGGCCUCGGCCUCGCUGGUCUCCCUGGCGUGGAUGAUCGCCUCCUACCAGAAGGUGCUGCGGGACUCGCGAGAGGACAAGAUGCCCAUGUCCUACAAGGGGGCUGUGGUGCAGAUCCUGUGGCACCUCUUCACCAUCGCUGCCCGCGCCAUCGCCUUCGCCCUCUUCGCCUCCGUGUUCCAGCUCUACUUCGGCAUCUUCAUCGUCACCCACUGGUGCAUCAUGACCUUCUGGAUCAUCCAGGGUGAGACGGACUUCUGCAUGUCCAAGUGGGAGGAGAUCAUCUACAACAUGGUGGUGGGCAUCAUCUACAUCUUCUGCUGGUUCAACGUCAAGGAGGGACGGAGCCGCUACCGCAUGUGUAUCUACUACGUCAUCACGCUGUCGGAGAAUGCCGCCCUCACCGUCCUCUGGUUCCUCUACUACGACCGCAAGACCACCUCCGACUUCGACGCCUUAAUCCUCGUCUGCGUGGUCAGCUCCAGCUUUGCCCUCGGCAUCUUCUUCAUGUUCAUCUACUACUGCCUCUUGCACCCCAACGGCCCCAUGUUCAGCCCCCGUGGCGGGGGCUGCAUUUUCCGGCAGCGGCCAGCCCCGGCGCCGGGGUCUCCCGCGGACGCCGUCACCAGCCCCCCCCGCUCGCUGCCACGGACUACAGGAGGGGAGCGGGACGGGGCGCCAGGGGAGCGGGACAGCUGCGUGCCCGUCUUCCAGGUGAGACCCUGCGCCCCGCCGGCGCCGGCCGCCCGUGCCCCGCGGACAGAGGGGCCCGUCAUCCGCAUUGACCUGCCCAGGAAGAAGUACCCGGCCUGGGAUGCCCACUUCAUCGACCGGCGCCUGCGGAAGACCAUCCUGGCGCUGGAGUACGCGUCGCCCACCACCCCACGCCUGCAGUACCGGACCCCCGGUGCCCCCCAGGAAGUGCUGGAGUAUGAGACCACCGUGUAG